CGGAGUCCGGGCGCAUCGAGGGCACCUUCGCUCGCCGUCGUGCGACUGUGUGCUGUGCCAGGUCCCUUCUCGCACAAUUUCCUGGCCUUACAGUGCUCCAAGCAACAGGGAUUGUUGUCGGAUCGACGAGUUAGUCCGUCAGUGUUCACAUUGGACUCGCUCUUUUGAGGUCUGGCUGCUUGAAAGGAUUCGUGGAAUUCUCUCUACUGCGUAUGAUCGAGGGUGCUGGAAACUAAAAUUCGUGUGACGGAGAGUCCAGUUUCGAGGUCUGCAGGAUUGAACGCCCGACUGAAGGAUUGACGAAUAUCUUGUUCGGUGAUCGAAGGUUGUUCUUUGUGCGCCGCGAGGGUAGUGUGAACUGACAGCCGAGCUUUCCUUGUUUUAUUUUGAGCGUGUAUGCUGCCUCUGGCGAGACAGAUUGCUCAGAGCCCUAAAACUCUGUACCGCAGAAUAUCUGCUGCUCUUGCCGCAGGCGUUUCCUCCCCCAGGGGUUACUCGACGGAGGCAGCGAUGGGGGAGUUGGAGAAACUAAGCACUGCCAUGUGCAUUAUCGGUUCUGGCCCUGCUGCGCACACCGCUGCCAUCUAUGCUGCGAGAGCUGAGGUUCACCCUAUUCUUUUCGAGGGAUGGAUGGCGAACGGAAUCGCGGCUGGAGGGCAAUUGACAACCACGACAGACGUCGAGAACUUUCCUGGAUUCCCGGAAGGAAUUUUGGGUGGAGAGUUGUGCGAUAAGUUCCGAGCGCAGAGUCUUCGGUUUGGAACGAGGAUUUUCUCCGAGACGGUGGUUCGGGUGGAUUUGUCUAUCAGGCCUUUCAAGUUGUUCACAGAUACGAAGGAGGUUGAGGCAGACACCGUGAUUAUUGCAACAGGGGCCGUGGCCAAAAGGCUAGUUUUCAAAGGCGCCGGAGAGGAAGAUGGAGGAUUUUGGAAUAAGGGAAUCUCUGCCUGCGCUGUGUGUGAUGGUGCUGCGCCGAUUUUUAGGAACAAGCCUCUGGCAGUAAUUGGCGGAGGGGAUACAGCCAUGGAAGAGGCUAAUUUUUUGACCAAGUAUGGGUCCAAGGUCUACGUGAUUCAUCGUCGUGAUGAGUUCCGGGCCAGUAAAAUUAUGCAAGCUAGGACUUUUGCUAACCCUAAAAUUCAAGUUAUAUGGGAUAGUGUAGUAAUCGAAGCAGUAGGAAACGAGAGAAACCUUCUUGGGGGUUUGAAAGUUCAAAAUGUCAAGACUGGAGUCGUGACUGAGCUUCCAGUUUCAGGUCUUUUCUUCGCCAUUGGUCACGAGCCGGCAUCAAAGUUUUUGGAUGGGCAAAUUGAAACCGACCCCGAUGGUUACAUCAUUACGAGGCCCGGAACAACACACACAAACGUGGAUGGAGUUUUUGCCGCAGGGGAUGUACAAGAUAAGAAAUUCCGUCAAGCGAUCACCGCCGCAGGCACUGGAUGCAUGGCUGCCUUAGAAGCCGAACAUUAUUUGCAAGAGCACAACAUUCAAACUGGCAAGUCGGAACCGGAGUGAUGAAGAAAAGAACCGGUCUAGUUACCAUAUCAGUGUUGCAGCAGGAGUUUCAGGAGCAUGCCGUACAAGCAACUGAGACAUGCGUGUCGGUUUCUUCAUGAAAGAAGACGACGACAGUCAACUCGCCAAUAAAGUCUCAAUAGAUCUUCUUAGUUCCAUUGUGUGAUUUUUGUGCAAAGAGCGUGAAAUUAGCGUAGACGUCUCCAUCAUGCUCACGAUUAAAUUAGGUAGAGUCUACAGUUACAUACAUUGGAUCCAUCAAGUCACAUAUUGUGGGUUGCAGGCUGCAAAUUGUGACCAUAUCAACCAUUUAUCGCUGUGAUUGGGGCACUCGUCUUACAGUUUUUUUAGCAUCACACGCCAAUGUAUCAAAGGGUCUUUCCAGCAUCGAAAAGUUUUGUUCGUGGAUUCCUAAGAAAAAAAAACUACGACUACGACCUUUAUUUUUAUCCUUGCAAUGUACCUGUUGCUGCUUUGAUGAUGGCUUAGCAUACAAUAUUGAAUAACAAACAUGUACAUUGUUCGCUAUAUCGGUGGGCCGCAAUCUUGCACUUCAAUUGAUCAAUGCAGGUGCUCGUCCUCAUGUCCUGAAUUUAUGAAACGUCU